AGAUAGCGCGACUGAUAUCAUUUAAUUAAUUAAUCUUUAUUUUUCAUAAAUGUGUAAUUAAUACGAUUCUUUGUUUUAUAACACUACAAUCUAUAAGUUCAGACUGCGAACCUAGUCCUACUAUCUGCAAUAAACAUAACGGAACGUACGUAACGUGCUAAACAUAAUUAGGUAGGGUCCAGGUAGCUUGGUGGGCCUGGACGACGAUUAACCUCUGUGAUACGAUGACCUUUUGAUAUUGCUCUCCUAAAAAUUUUCGUUCCAAUCUCACGAAACUUUUUCGAUCAGACGAACGUAGAAGACCUUAGUACGAGCUUCAUGCUACAGAUACAUUUUCGAAUGACAAUUCGAUCUUCGACAACGUCCGCCUUUUAUUACUGGUGCAAAAGGGACAAGGGAAUUAGGCUUCAUCGUAGGUCUAUUAGUAGUCUUGCUGAUAAGACAUACCUAACGAGCGUGAAAAAGGUACACCAAUGCGAGACUAGACAAUCGUCUACGUUAUCAAUAAUGCCAAAAAGAUCUCUUCAGAGUCCACCUGUUAAAAAACUGAAAUCUGAUCAAGGUUCGAGCAAUCUGAUCAAAAAUCUGACCACCUUAGCUAAACAUAACCUCAACAACGUCAGUUCCACAUCUGUCGACAAGAUGCAAACUGAAAAUCGGCCGCAGGAAGUACCUCACGUUGUCACAGAAAAACCACGCGUCGAUGUCACUUAUUUAGACACACCUGUUAAAUCGGAAAAUGACAAGAAAGAGUACAGGGUAAUCAAAUUAAAGAAUGGUUUGACUGCUUUGUUGAUUUCGGAUUUGCAUUCAUCCACCUGCCAAGAUGAUGAUAAUGAAGAUAAAGAUGAAGAGGAUGAAGAGACGGGCAGUGAAGAUGAACAUGAAAGCGACGAAGAUGAUGAAGAUGAUCUAGAUGAUCAAUCAGAUGAAGAAAAGUCAUCCAGAACUUCCAAACGGUUACAAAGAGAAGAAAAAAUGGCAGCAUGUGGUUUAUGUGUGGGUGUGGGAAGCUUCAGCGAUCCACUAGAAAUUCCAGGUUUGGCGCAUUUUCUGGAACACAUGGUCUUCAUGGGAUCUGAAAAAUAUCCCCAGGAAAAUGAAAUGGAUGCAUUUAUUAAAAAAAGAGGUGGUUCGGACAAUGCCUCUACAGAAUGUGAAUUUACAACAUUCUACUUUGAGGUAGAGGAAAAACAUCUACUAUCUGCCCUCGAUCGUUUUGCUCAAUUUUUUAUUAAACCCUUAAUGAAAAAAGAUGCCAUAACGAGAGAACGAGAAGCUGUAGAAAGCGAAUUUCAGAUGGCCUUACCUGAUGAUUCUUAUAAGAAAGAGCAAUUCUUUUGUAGUUUCGCACGACCAAAUCAUCCGGCAACGAAGUUUAGUUGGGGUAACUUGAUAACAUUGCGUGAUAAUGUGACGGAUGAAAAGCUAUACGAGGAACUACAUAAGUUCAGGGAGCGUCACUACAGCGCUCAUAGAAUGACACUUGCCAUACAAGCCAGACUUCCGUUAGACGCGUUAGAAGACUACGUGACGCAAUGUUUCACGGACGUACCAAACAAUGGUUUACCGCCGGAUGAUUUUUCAAAGUUUAAAGGCGCGGAUUCUUUUGAUACGCCAAGAUUUCGAAGAAUCUAUAAAAUUAAACCAGUAAACGAUGUCUGUCAAGUAGAAUUAACAUGGUCGAUGCGACCUAUGCAUGAUUGGUAUGCAAGUAAACCGCAUCAGUAUGUUUCAUGGAUUAUAGGAGACGAGGGAAAUGGCUCGUUGAUCAGCUACUUAAGGAAAAAGAUGUGGUGUCUCGAUAUCGUCACUGGUAACAAUGAGAGUGGUUUUGAACAUAGCUCCAUGUAUGCGUUGUUCACUUUGUCAUUGAUAUUAACUGAGCAGGGAUUUAAGCAUUUGCAAGAAGUAUUGAACGCUACAUUCUCGUUCCUAAAUUUGAUGCAUAAAAAGGGACCGCAGAAGCGAAUAUUCGAUGAAAUUCAACAGAUUGAGAAUACUAGUUUCAGAUUUGCCGAUGAAGUACCACCAGCAGAAUACGUGGAAGAAUUGUGCGAGAACAUGCACUAUUAUCCCCCACGCGAUUACAUAACUGGUAACAAGUUGUAUUUCGAAUACAAUCCUGAAGCUAUAUUAGCAUGUUUGAAUUACUUGACUCCGGACAAUGUGAACAUAAUUAUCUCCGAUAAGAAGUUUAACGACGAAGAAUUUGAUAAAAUCGAGCCUUGGUUCCAAACUAAAUAUACAGACACAGAGAUACCGCAGGAAUGGAUAGAAUGCUGGAGAACCAUCGAACCAUUACCAGAAUUUCAUUUACCAUUACCGAAUGCCUUUCUCACGGACGAUUUUACUUUGAUUCCUAUACCACCAGAUGUUCCCAAGUAUCCCACAAAAAUCUACUCUGACGAUAUUACCGAAGUUUGGUAUCGUCCUGAUCCUAAAUUUCGUUUACCUGAGUGCUACAUGAAUUUUUAUAUCAUAUCACCUAUGGCUAUCUAUUCGCCAAAGAGCGCAGCUUUAAUUGAUUUAUUUGUCAAGAUACUGAAAUGGUUAUUAGUAGAAGAAUUGUAUCCAGCAACAACUGCACAGUUGAAUUAUGAGAUAUACACGAGCGACAAGGGUAUCAUGCUUAAAGUGAACGGAUUUAAUCAGAAACUGCCGCUUUUAUUAACUACAAUUGCAAAAUCUAUAGCAGAUUGCACGACACUCGUAACAAAAGAAUUAUAUAACGUCGUGAAAGAACAACACAUGAAAAAUUAUUACAAUACAUUCUUGAGGCCUAAGAAGCUAGUUAAAGAUGCCAGGUUGUCCUUAUUAUUGUCGACUCAUUGGUCCGCUGUCGACAGGCACGGUGCCAUCAGCGGUGUAGAAUUUGAUGAAUUUCGAGAUUUCAUGAAGUACUUUACCGAUCACAUUUACAUUCAGUGUCUGGUGCAAGGUAACAUGACGAAGGAAGAUGUCAUGAAGAACGUGCACGAUUCUGUAAAGACACUGAAAUGUGGACCAUUACUGCCGAAUACUAUGCCACAGAUCAGGGUCAAUCAAAUACCUCUGGGGUUACACUAUUGUAAAAUACGGAACUUCAACGAAACGGACGCGAAUUCCGUUGUAGUGAAUUACUAUCAAUCUGGUAUCGGGUCUAUUAAAUUGUCGGUCAUUAUUGAGCUUCUCAUAAUGAUCAUGGAAGAACCCCUGUUCAAUCAAUUGAGAACACAAGAACAGCUGUGCUACGACGUCUUUUGUCUUAUGUCUGACGCCUCCAGUAUUCUUGGCUACACGAUCACAGUUUUCACCCAAGUGGACAAAUAUUCCACGGAGCACGUGGACCAGAGAAUCGAAGCUUUCCUAAGAGCCUUCAAUGAAAUUUUGAAGGAGACUACGGAGAAGGAUUUCAAGAGCAUAAAAGAAGCACUGAUAAAGCAGAAGCAAUGCGCCGACAUACAUUUGAGAGAAGAGCUCGACAGAAACUGGCCAGAAAUCACAACGGGUGAUUAUAUGUUCGAUAGGAUCGAGAACGAAUUGAUCACAAUAGAGUCAAUUAAGAUCGACCAGCUCAGAGAGUGGAUGAAUGCUCAUACGAUCAACGGAAGCAAUUUAAGAAAAUUAAGCGUGCACGUGAUUGGAACGCCUAAAUCGACCGACAAAGAAAACAACAAAGACGUUAAGUUGCAUACAGACAAAACGAACCUCGACUCGAAAAUAGAGAAACCUGGAAACUUGAAGUAUUCAUUUAUCCACAUUCCCAUCACGGAGUGUAAUAAUGACACAUGUCUGGUACAUUACAUCUCCAAUGUAGAGGAAUACAAACAUCGUUUGUACAGCUACCCUAUAAGUCACACUACUUUAUGAUAUUGAAAUGUUCUACUAAAUUGACAGAUAUAUUUAAAGACAUUGUUUAGCGUACAACAAAGUUGAAUAAAGGCACAAAAAAUGUCACAAAUAUUGUGUAUCACUCAUUAUAUCACCAACGGUCCUGUAAAAUAAUAGUUUAUAAGUUUAAUAGGUUUUGCUGUUAUAAUGUAUAUUAGUACGGUUCUAUAAAAUAUCAAAAUCGUUUAAAAUAUAUAACAAAGGGAGUAAUGUAAAAAGUUAGUAAAACUAUAUAUUACAGUGGCAACGCGUGGACAUGAGAAAUGGAAUUGAAGUUGAUGUAAAAUAACAUUGCUUUUUUUUAUAGUUCUUUUAAUUGUAUUCAAGACAUGACAACACGUUUCAAUAAAUCAUUAUUAACUUCCGAAAAUGUCAGCCAACCAUCUCCGAGAACCUCUCACACGAACAGCUUUCUUACAAAACUUUACUGAAAGUUUGUUUCCUUUAUUUAGAACCGUGCAGUGCGUGCCCUGCAAAGUUUUUCUUCUUCGACUCAACAGAGGAUCUGUGAAACCUUAACCGAUCUACUUUGCAUGUGUGUUGUAUAAUUGCAUUUCUUUUUAUACAAUAUAAACGGAGAUAAAUACAUAUUUAAAAGAAACAAACUUAAAGCAUCUGGCAUUGGAUGGAACCUCUCUGCACGUUGGGACAAAGGAAAAUGAUUGUUCUUUCGUUUUCCAAUACGCAACCGUUUGUUUCUUUCUGUUGAAAAAGAAAAGUGCCUUUGACCAGGCAGAGCAGUUACAUUCCAAAGAACAGAUUUACAGGAAAAGGUCGAUGCAAUUUGAAUACUCUAAAUUGUUACAACAUCCAUUAAAGUGCAUUUUGCAUUUAAUAUUUCGAAUAAUUAUUGAAUAUAUUGGUUUCGUUUCUUUCGUAGUAUUAUAGAGAUGCCACUACAUUUAUAUAAUGAUUACCUCCUACUUUUCCAAAUAUGUAUCCGCUUUAAAAGUACUUUAAAUGUGACUUUUUUUUAGCUUUAUAAUAAUUUUUUGGUUGCCUCGUGUUUUCGCCAGCACUGAUUCUUCCAUUUCCUUUUUCAUUCUAUCUUUUCACACGCCUGCUCCUAAAUUAUUCAACAACAUUCGGAAUCUUCAAUUUCUUUAUAAUUUUGCUCUAUUUUUAAAUACACGAAUAAUUAGAUAGAUUUCCGCGCUCAGUUUUCUGGUAUCGUCCUUUUUAUCGGUUUUGCUUUUAAAAACGCAUUUUCUCCAAUUUUCCAACUAGCAAAAGCAUAGAAUCAGCUCUGCUUGACACUAGACAUGAAUGGGGUAUAUGUUACAACAGUAAGUUACAAUGUAGAAUAAUCCAACAAGAAUACAUCAAUGUGACGGUGUGUUAUAGAAAAAUGCAAGAACUAAAUGGGUCGGUUGUCCUGUUUUCUCCAUCAGCAAAUUGUCAACAAAUACGGUGUAAGCGAUUUUGCGUGGAAAACGUUUGCUUAUCGUUCAGCUUUGAAUUCUACUGUAAUUAUAUAUGAAUAAUGUCCGACGACAGCAUUGAAUUAUUAUACAGCAACAGUUUCAACAUUUAUGCGUCAUACCAAGAAAUAUAAAUGGUUUUCCAAUGCUUAGCGCAUUUUACAUAUUUUUUCUACACGAUUCAAGCAAAAAUCUACCCACCGACCCAUACUGGUAAAUAAUAAUAUGAUCACCGACAAUAUUAUAGCGCAUGAACAAUGUAUAUUUUUUUGUUUUCCUUUUAUACUCGAAAUAAGUAGUAAUUAUUCGUAGCAUCACGGCCACUCAACGCAGAAACUUUUCGCGUUGAGGGAUUUUUCUCCCAAGAUUUUUCACAUUUUUCCAUUCUAUGCGCUACCGUACGUGAUCGUCAAUUAUUUUAUAUCGUUACAUACAACAAAACAGGAAAAAGAGAUAUUAAAACAAAAAUAAACAUAGAAUGAUUAUAAAUUGUAACAUACAAUGGUUUACCCUCUGUACGCACUUGUAUUUUAAUCAUUUACUUUUUUUUUUCCUUGUCGCUUCCAUUAGCUAUGAAAAAUAAUAGCAGAAUAUACUUGUUAUGUAAUAUUUCAUAAGAAUAUAUAAGGACGGGGCCCACAUACGUUUGCAGCUACAUUGAUAAGUGUUUUUAAUUCAUUACGUCUUUUUUUGGUUUUUUAGUUUAUUAGAUAGUUUUUAUUUUACUGUCUUUGCUACCGUACUUUUAAUAUAUCUUCUUAAUAGGUAUGCAAGUGAAGAAACUAUGGUAAAAAGAAACUUAAAAUUUAAAUAUCGAGCAUUACAUAGCAACUCAUUU